AUACGCGACCCAAAUCGGCCGAAUGGAGAGUUUAUGUCGAGCUGCUGAAAUGGAAGCGAGUCGAGAAGGGAUCAUGCCCUCAGACCCGUUUGAUGACCACGAUGGCUGCAGUGCAUUUACUCAUCAUCUGCCGAGUAGGCAGAAUAUUCAAAGAAAUUGGAAGAACAUCACAGAGGAGUUCAAUGAAGCUGCUUCACACCUUAAGCUUGGAGAACUUCUACAUGACUCCAUUUUUGGUUUAUUUGAGGCCAUGUCUGCCAUUGAGAUGAUGGAUCCUAAGAUGGAUGCAGGCAUGAUGUGCAACCAGUCUGGUCACAAGGUACUCAAUCUCCAAGAGAGCAUCGAAGCAGGGAGAUUAAAGACUGCAGAUCUCACCAAUCAUGAACUCAUUGGCAUCAUGGAUACCACAUUUGCUUGCUUGGCAACUUGGUUAGAAGGUCAUUCACUUGCUCAGACGGUCUUCACUAAUCUGUAUGCUCAUAACCCUGAUCUUAUCGAUGACCGCUGUCUCCGAGCGUUCUCCCUGGUCGUUCUCAAGAUGGUUGACACCAUCAAGGACAAGGUCAUGAGGGCUGGAGUCUUUGAAGAGGAGGACUUCCAGUCUAUGACCUAUGGUUUUAAACUAGCCCACAAUGUGACAGAGCUACGAGUUGUUGGUAUGCUCAAAGAAAUAGAAGAAGACUAUAACAGGAGAGUCAGGAGUACAAGGGCAAGACAAGGGGAAGACAGGGAUACUGCUACAGAAUUAGAACAUGAAGAGUGUAUUGCGGUGGUGUCAAGGAUAAAGUUUUGUAGGAUGUUUUAUUCAGCUUUGCUCGCAUUCACAAAGAAAGAGAUCAAACAAUCAGUUGAAGAAGGCAAGAAAUUGUUACUCCUUGCAUUAGACCUACUACCACCAAUACAGAAGACGGUCGAGUUAGGAGAUCCACAAGUCAUAUCAGAAGAUGAGUCAUCACCAGCCAUGCCAGAUUACCCGAACAUGAUGGGCUUUGAGCCGUUAGUCAAUCAACGUCUGCUGCCCCCAACGUUCCCACGGUAUGCCAAGAUAAUCAGUCGGAGGGAUGCCAUUUCAUAUUUAGAAGGUCUGGUGACGAGACUGAGAACAGUUUGUGAGGUCACCAGCUUGACAUCCUUUCAUUCCAUAGUAGAUUUCUUUACAGAGUUCAGCAAACAAUGUCCCUGCGUUCUCUCAAGGUCAGUUCUUCAGCAGAUCUUCCUGCCAUACAACAACAAGAAAGUCUUUGGUGUGGAACUGGUCCAGGAGUGCUUGAGGGAUACCUUGAGGGGGUUUGUUUGUCCCCCGGUCCUAGCUCCAAGGUCACCGAUCUACAACAAUGCCCAGGCCAAGGAGAUGGCCGACUCUAUGUUGAUGCACUCGGUCAGGCCGAUGUGCUCCCUUAUCCAAAUCCACGGUCACAACCGAGCCAGGCAAAGGGAUAAGUUUGGGCAGCUCCUGGAGGAGCUCGCCACCCUCCAGGAUCAAGCGGAGAAGGUCGAUGCCAACCUCCACACCAUCAUGUCAAAGGCAGAGGUCCGCAAGACGUACGAAGCAUCCUUCAGCUGCUGGGUUAUGUACCACACGCUACGCACCAUGAUACUCUACGUUCAGUCGGGAUUCGAGCUGGAGCUUUAUGGCAUUCAUGAAUACCACUAUAUAUUCUGGUACCUAUCAGACUUCCUUUAUGCCUGGUUCAUAUCUACAUUGAGUCAAGCAGACAGCAUGUUGGGUGAUCAUGAAUCACAGUAUACAGAACCCCAGGGCAAAGGUCGUAGUAACAAGAAGAAGGCCAAGAGAAAGAGACCAAGACCUCUGGAGCGAGAGCUUGCCCUCAGUAAGGCACAACAGGCACUCUGUUCAGGGUACUACAAGGCCGUGAUGGGCUUCCGACUAGACAGCAAGAUCAAGCAACCCAACUCAGAGUUUGACAACGAGAAGGUCCGCUUUGAACAUCGCUUCAAUGCCUUUGCCACAAUCCUCACCCCACCCCUGGUGCAAUAUGAUCAGUUCUGUGAGAUCACUACCCCUAAGGCAGGUGACACCCCACCCAGGUCGUUGGCCCUCUAUGGGACAGCGUCGGAGCUCUUCUCGCAUGCUGCGGAACUCUUGGACAAAGUCCCAAGUCCUAAUGCAGAGAUCCAGAGUCUUAUCCGAGUUGCCAAGACAAACAAUGUGGUAUUGAGAUUACUUGUAGGAGGGCAUAAGAGAGACUCUCAAGCGCCACCGCAAUUUGAUUUUAACACCCAUCGGACUUUCCCCAUAAUUAAACUGGUUUGAUAAUUGGCAGAACACAGUGAGAGCAAGAUGGACUUAUAGGCUGGUUUUGAGCAGUGACUCAUUUUUUCUUCACUGGUUGGAUGUUCUUCAAUGAAUUUUAGUGAUGGUGAGAGUAAGAGGGCAUUUAACCUGGUAUGAAAAUAAGCAGAACAAAAACUUACAUGGUCUACACUCGGGAGUUUCUUCAGUUAAUUUGAUGAACGUGAGCACAAAAGCUUUAGAACACGGACUCACAUUUUCUACAUUCAUGGGAUUUUCUUUCAAUGAACUUGUCUAAAGCUAGUGCAAGAAGGGUAGAAAAUAAUUAUUUGACUGCAGCCUCUAGGGGCUACACUGUAUCAAAGAUACUACAAGGGGAAGAUCUGACACUUUGGCGAUUUUUGAAAUGCUUGAUUAAUGCUCAUGGGGAAGGGCGCCCACUAGCGUUGAGUAAGUAAACCUUCGCACAUUGGCACGCCGCUGUGUAUACAACAUAUUGGAAAAUGAGAGAGGGGGUUUGGGAGAGGGAACAAGGGCACCUUAUGUGGAUAAUUCCACAUUUUUCUUUCCGAGAAACCUCUAAAAUAUUGUUUUACAAAAUUUUUAAGGGGGUUGGAAAUUACUAAACCGCUAUAACGU